GGAGAAAAAAAAAUGUUUAUUUUUCUAAAGUCCUUUUACCAUAAAUAUGUGAGAAAGGGUCAAACUGCCCAUAUGAAGUUUUAAAGAGUGGGACUUUGUGAAUUAAUUGAAGAUGAAAGGUCACCCAAAAUCUUCAAGAGGUUCAUUUGCUUUCCCUGUAGUGGAAUGAGAGAGGAAUGAGAUCAUAUUUUCCAGUCACAGAUCUUGCACUUCAUUGAAAUAGUGAAGCUGAUCAUCUGUUCAACAUCAUACGUAAGCUGUGCAAGUGCAGUUCAUAGACAUCAAAUACAAAAGCAAUAUGAUGUUGCUAAACUGGCUUAUGGCCAUUAAACUUCAAGGUAAAUGAAUUAGGAACUCCUGCCAAAGACACAAAAAUAUAUACAAAGUUUUAGCUGAUAAGGAGGUGUGCCUGCUGGUAUAGUCACUGCAUUGUGGUUAAACAGCUUUGCAUCACUUUGUGCUGCAGCCAAAGGUUUUAUGUACAGAAACUGCUGUGAGUUGAUCUGUAACCUGGCAAAAGAGCAGUUAGCAAAAAUUGUGAUCUUUCUUCAUAAUUUGGCAUCAAAAUAUGAACAAAAUGGUACUUUCACAUUUCUUGAAGACUCAAUCUCUGCCAGUUUUUUCUCCAUGUUACGGAAUCAUACUAACAGAUUUUAGAGAAAUAGCACUGUGUACCUCAUUUAGAGUGUGGUCUCUAUCUGUAUGUCAGAGACUUACAUGAAGCUCAGUGAUUCGAGACAAACCUUUUCAUUUUUCCUCUUCAUGUCCCGAUUUAUUCCAUUAACAUCAAAAAGCCUUUUGCUAUGUGAAGGACGGCAUAGGGUUGCUGAGAAAGUAGCCCAUUCUGAGAUAAAUAAAGUAUGUGCUGUCUAUUAUUUCACCCAUAGCCUCCAGAAACUUUAUCUUUGGAAGGACGGGGGGGAAACAUCCCUAAUCGAGUGUUUCGCAGCAGCCAGAGAUAUAAACCUCGGUGAUAAAAGCGGAGAGGCGGCUCGGGGCAGUUUGUGCUACGUCACCCUCUUUAAAAGCAUUUUAUUUUAAAGAAUGAGAUUCUAACUGUUCGCUUUCUUCUCUGACGCAAAAAAGACCCCCUAAACAUUAACGCUGAGUGUUCUGCCUCACGUUAACUUUAAAGGGAUUUUUUUAAUUUACAAAGAAAAACAAAACUUUCCCUCUCCGGAGGUCCGUUCGGUUCCAGGACUCGGCAUUUAUCGCCUCCUCUCUACUCAAAUUCCACUCUUUUCGCGACAAAACACCAACAGACGAAAACAGACCCUUACACGGACCCCGGGUGUGGAAAGGGGGCGAGUUCACGGCAGAUAAAGUACAAAAAAAGCACUUUAUUAUGCCCCAAGAAACACAACCACCAGCGCGGAGCGCGGGGCGGUGGCGGGGCGGAGCGUCCGAGCGGCACCAAUCAGUGCGUGCCGCGCUGCUAUAAAUGGGGGCGCCGCGACGGUUGACCCCACCGAAAGUUGUGCACUCAGUAUGUCGGAGAUCGUUCCUGCUGCUGUGACCGUCGCACCCCCGGCCCCCGCCGCCAAAGCUGGCGCUAGGAAGCCGAAGAAGGCGGCGGGCGGCUCCAAACCUCGGAAGCCCCCGGGCCCCAGCGUCACCGAGUUGAUUAUCAAAGCCGUGUCAGCUUCCAAUGAGAGUAAGGGGCUCUCUAUUGCCGCGCUCAAGAAGGCGCUGGCUGCCGGUGGCUACGAUGUAGAGAAGAAUAACAGCCGCAUCAAGCUGGGGCUCAAGAGCCUCGUGGGCAAAGGCACUUUGGUGCAGACCAAAGGUGUUGGUGCAUCUGGUUCUUUCCGCCUAAGUAAGAAGCCGGGAGAGGUGAAAGAAAAAGCCUCUAAAAAGCGGGUAGUUGUUGCUAAACCCAGAAAGCCGGUGGCCAAGAAGCCCGCCAGCGCCGCCAAGAAGCCUAAGGCGGCGAUGACAGCGAAGAAGAGCCCCAAGAAAGCUAAGAAGUCGACGGUUGCUGCGGCCAAGAAGGCGACCAAGAGCCCGAAGGCGGCGAUUAAGGGUGCCAAGCCGAGGAAGGCGGCAGCAGCAGCAGCAAAGAGCCCGGCCAAGGCGAAGACGGUGAAGCCUAAAGCUGCCAAGCCGAAGGCGUCCAAGCCGAAAGCAGCCAAGGCGAAGAGGGCGGUGUCCAAGAAGAAGUAAGCCCCCGUGGAAGAAAAGUCUUGUCCCGCACUUAAACCCAACGGCUCUUCUAAGAGCCACCCACUUUUUCUCGAAAAGGGCUGAAAUGCGGUAUCUUUCUCCUAUAGUGGGGGAGGGUUGUAGGGGAAGGGCA